AUGGCGACGACGGCAGAUGAGGAUGUCAGAGUGCAAGAAAUAGCCAGCAAGUUUGCCGGCAAAUGGAAACAAGUCAGGGGUGAAAACAUUGAUGAUUUUUUCAAGGAAAUGGGUCUGAACUUCCUGCUGCGGAAGUUAGCAAGCCAAGCUAAUCCAGAAGCAACAACCACAUAUGAGAAUGGGAAGCUGACCACAAAACAGGAACCAGUUGCAGGCAAUGACUCCAAACCUACAGUCUCUGUCAGAGAGAUAAACGAAGCUGGAGAACUCGUCACAACAGUCUAUGUUGGCGAUGUGGUUUGCAAGAGAUAUUUCAUCAAGCUGCCUUCAUCGUGA